AUGUCGCUGAACACUUUGCUCUCCUGGUUGAGCACGGUAGACAAGGGCUGCAUUCUCUUCCCUGUUAGCGCGACCUUGUCGCAGCUCAUGUGGGUGUGGUUUGCAGAGCGGAAGCGCCCGCUGUCGGGCUUGACGGUCUUUGAUAAUGCUAGUCGUGGCAUCUAUGGAAGUGCAAAGCUGCUCUGGGCACUGAAAAUGCGCCAUUUCGAAGCCUUGGGUGCCAUUGCGAUCAUGCUCGCUCUUGGGUUUGAGCCGUUCAUCCAAAACCUGGUGCAUUACUCGGCCAGCCUUGUCGAGGAUGGCUCACAGCGUUCCCUCCUGGCGAAUAGCUCUGAUUAUGACAGGGUUGAAUGA